UCUUUUCAUGUAAUAUUUUAUGAAAAAUAUAAUAAAAAGCUUUUUUUCACAAUAUUAGUUCUGUAAUAAAUCUUAUGAUUAGUCUACUGGAAUCGAAAGACGGCUUCUAAAGGUGUUGGGAUGUUAAAUUGUCUUCGACAGCUUGAUUCUAAGCUAGAUUUACAACUGCAUGAAAAACAACUAGUUCAUACACUCUACUUUAAUCAUCUCUCGAGACUUUCUACUGAGAAAUCGAUCGGUCAGUUGUUAUUAAAUAAAAUUCUGGCCGAAAUUAGGACUUCUACGAAAAUAGUUAACUCUUAUGAAAUAACGGAGUUCUGGAAAAGAAAGGAAGAAGGUUCUUACAGAAAAACCUUAGACGGACAUACACGAAAAGAAAAAGAAUAUUUGAGCUCUCUUCAUCUCGGUGAGUUACAAAAUGAAGAUGACAAUAACAAGAAGGAAUUUGAUGCGAAAAACGAUGAAUAUGAAGACGAUAAAGAUAAAGACGGUGAAGACGAUAACGAUUAUGAUGAAGAGGAAGACGAUAAAGAUAAAGACGAUGAAUAUGAAGACGAUAAAGAUAAAGACGGUGAAGACGAUAACGAUUAUGAUGAAGAGGAAGACGAUAAAGAUAAAGACGAUGAAGAGGAAGACGAUAAAGAUGGAGACAAUGAAGAUGGAGACGGUGGCCCAUCUGUUACAAUGGAUGGUAAAGCGCUGAUUGAUGUCCUCGUCCCAGGUGAAGACUCAAAAAUUGUGGAAAGAAAUGAACCAGACGCUAUAGGUCGGACAAAGCGCUGGAUUUUAUCAAGUGAAACUGAUGUGGGUCAAGUUUUGACCACUUAUAGAUACCAAAUCCCUGAGUCGCAAAAGUGUAUUGAGUAAGUUUAUUUUUUCAUUGGUGAUUGCAUCUUUUAACGACGCUAUAUUUCAUGGACUGUUCUGUUCAAUAGUCCUAUUUACUGGGGAAUCCUCGACCUCACCGGGUCUCACACAGAAACAAAGAAACUCUUCACUACGGAAGAU